AUGGAGAGUAACUCUAGACAUUCAAUUCUCUACGGAAAUAUAGAAAUACCUACUUCACAUGUUAAUCUAUACGCGUUGGACGAGACUGUUUUACUAUAUGAGCCUACACCUGAUGAAAUAGUAAACGGGGAAAAUCGUAACAUAUUUAACAAUGUUCCAAUAUCUGAUCAAGAAGAGAGCAUAGUGGAAGAUUUUAUGAAGUUUAUCGCUAACGAUUAUGCUUUGAAAAAUGGUUCAAAUAAAGAAGAAGAUUUAGAUUGGCUUUAUUCAAUGGAACCGGAGCUUUUAAGGUUUCUGUAUUCAAGCAAGUUUGAUUUCAAGAAGACUUUGGAACAUCUGCUUAUGAAUUACAAGUUUAGAAAAUCCAAUAUGUUACCGGCAACCCUAAUGGAUAUAGAAGAAGAGUUGAAUCAAGGAUGCUUGUAUUGGUUCGGAAGGGACAAAAGGUGUCGUCCAACUCUGGUGGCCGAUGUAUUCAAGUUACAGCAUCUUUCAAUGGAGAAGUUGGUGAAAGUGGUUGUGUUUUGCUUCGAAUUUUUCCUGAGAUACCUACAUGUUGGUGGUAAAUGCGAGAAUUACAACGUUUUGAUCGAUUGUGAUAACAAAGGAUUUGUUCAGCUCCCAGUCCAGAUGAUAAUUCAGUUGACUGAAAUAAUGAACUCCAAGUAUAGAGGAAGGUUAAAUAGCAUUUUCUUGAUAAACUCACCAAAUUUGAUCAAUAUGAUAAUGAAGUCCUUGAAAGGGGUUUUACCUGAUCGUAUUUUAAAAAAGAUUAUUGUUUUAAGGGAAAAUUCAUCGGAGACUUUACUAUCACUUUAUAAUCCUAACCAACUCCAGAAAAGAUUUGGCGGAUCAUUACCUGAUCUCACCAAAGAUUAUUAUCCAUUUCAGUUCUUCCCAGAUCCAAUAAACACUGGUAUUAAUAACUUUGAUAAAAGCUCAAAGUAUGAUCUGUUCAAAAUACCGCCAAUGACACUUUAUGGUUCUUCCUUGAUACUGAAGAAUGGUUUAUCUGGCCACCUGCUUGACUCCAGUGAUAAAAACUCUGGUAAUUAUUUGCUCAAGAACUUCAAAUAUUUCAUAUUUUCCAAGGAUACUGCUGGACAUUUAAUCAGCAAGGUCCCAGAAUUGAAGGACGAGAUUCUCCCAAAUACCAUCCAGAGCCGAGAAGAUUUAACAAAUUUUGUAAAUAAUUUAAAUUACAAAUAG